AUGACAAGUCAAAAACAGAAGACUGUGGUUAUAGGUGCUGGACCAGUGGGGACGCUUGCGGCAAUAUAUGCUGCACAACGUGGUCACGAUGUCGAGGUCUACGAGUUACGAAGUGACUUGCGAGACCCAAGUACCGUUCCGUUGAAUUUUACCAAAUCGAUCAAUCUUGCUCUUUCAGAACGAGGGAUCAACGCUAUGAAGCAGUCAGGUCGACCUGACGUAUUGGAAAAGAUAUUCAGCGAGACCAUUCCAAUGAAAGGUCGGAUGAUUCACGGCAAAGAUCUUCAAGGAGAGCUCUAUGAGCAGUCACAGGUGUAUGAUGUCCACGGAAGGUCUAUCUAUGCAGUUGACCGAGGAGGACUGAACAAUGCACUGCUGGAUGAGCUCGAUAAAUUGCCGAAUGUCAAAGUCAUUUUUAACCAUAAAUUGACUGGCGCAGAUUUCAAGAAACACAAGGCCUGGUUUGAAGUCAUCGGGAGCACUACCAUGACGAAUACUGGUCGUAAUAAAGAGAUCGAGGUGGAUUUCGAUAUAAUGGUUGGUGCUGAUGGAGCACAUUCGGCUGCGAGGUAUCACAUGAUGAAGUUUGCCAGAAUGGAUUACCAGCAGGAAUAUAUCGACACCCUAUGGAGUGAAUUCCAUAUCGCAGCAAAGCCAGUAAAAUCUGGCGGGAGUGAGGAUGAAAGAUUCGCUAUUUCUCCAAAUCACUUGCACAUUUGGCCUGGCAAAGACUUUAUGUUCAUUGCAAUACCCAGUUUUGAUGGAUCUUUUACCUGUACUCUAUUUAUGCCCUCUUCCAACUUUGCUGCUCUGGAAGAAGACCCGACCGAGGUCCCAAAGUUCUUCGACGCCCAUUUUCCAGGGGUAUCUUCUCUUAUACCACCAGCCGACUUAAUAGCGUCCUUCAACGAAAACCCUCACCUACCACUUAUCAACAUCAAGUGUCAACCUCAUCAUUACACAGACUCAAUUGUCAUUGUUGGCGACGCAGCCCACGCAAUGGUACCAUUUUAUGGCCAGGGUAUGAAUGCCGGUCUCGAAGACAUUCGGAUUCUGUUCGAGAUUCUUGACAAGUACCCGUCUCGAGCUGAAGCAUUAGCCAAAUACUCUGAAUAUAGGAAGGAAGAUGCACAUGUUAUCAACGACCUUGCUCUUCAGAAUUACGUCGAGAUGCGUGCAUCCGUCGUAUCUCCAUUCUACUCGGCGCGGAAGUGGUUAGAGGAGUCAUUAAGUGUCUAUGUACCGAGUCUGGGCUGGCAGACCAAAUACUCCAGAGUCAGCUUCGGAAACGAGAGAUAUAGCGAGAUUAUUAAGAAGAGCGAGAGACAGGGCCGGAUCAUAUUCGUCAGUCUGGUUAGCCUGAUAUCAAGUCCUGUGGUCCUCGGAGCUGGUCUCGCUUGGUAUCGAUGGCGAGAAGCUCACGGAACAACCAGAAGUGUACUGAAGUGGCAAGGCUGGUUUGGGUGGUUGACGACUUAG